CCCCCCCAGCGCUCUAUGGUAGCAGCGGCGCGCGUGCGUGCGCGGUGAGUGGGAAGCCGACAAGGUUCGGUCAUGGCGGCGUCCAUGAUUUGCAGCCGGGUGUCGGCCGGGCUGAGGAACAACGGCUGCCGGGCGUCGUUCGGUGCCGCCGCCAAGGUACUUGCUGGAGGUCCAGGACUAUUCAAUAGCCAUGGGUUUCAGGUGCAACAGCAGCAACAAAGGAGCCUGUCACUGCAUGAAUACCUGAGCAUGGAACUGUUGCAAGAAGCUGGUAUUUCUGUUCCACAUGGACUAGUUGCAAAGACACCAGAAGAAGCUUACAAAAUUGCAAAAGAAAUAGGUUCAAAGGACCUUGUGGUAAAAGCUCAGGUUUUAGCUGGUGGUAGAGGAAAAGGAACCUUUGAAGGUGGCCUCAAAGGCGGAGUGAAAAUAGUUUUUUCUCCAGAAGAAGCAAAAGAGAUUUCCUCCAAAAUGAUUGGAAAGAAGUUGUUUACCAAGCAGACAGGAGAAAAGGGCAGGAUAUGCAAUCAAGUAUUUAUCUGUGAGCGCAGAUAUCCCAGGAGAGAAUACUAUUUUGCAAUAACUAUGGAAAGGUCAUUUCAAGGUCCUGUACUUAUAGGCAGCUCUCAUGGUGGUGUUAACAUUGAAGAUGUUGCUGCAGAGACUCCUGAUGCGAUAAUUAAGGAACCCAUUGAUAUUGUGGAAGGCAUCAAAAAGGAACAAGCUGUCAGGUUGGCCCAGAAAAUGGGAUUUCCCCCUAACCUGGUGGAUGAAGCAGCAGAUAAUAUGAUCAAGAUAUAUAAUCUCUUUAUGAAAUAUGAUGCUACCAUGGUAGAAAUAAACCCUAUGGUAGAAGAUGCAUCAGGAGUUGGUACUGGCUAUUCUGGUGAAUAUUUUUGGAGGCAUUAUGCGAUGUGACGUUAUUGCACAAGGUAUCAUUAUGGCAGUAAAGGAUUUGGACCUAAAAAUACCUAUUGUUGUACGGUUACAAGGUACACGAGUUGAUGAUGCCAAAGCUUUAAUAACAGCUAGUGGCCUCAAAAUCCUUGCUUGUGAUGACUUGGAUGAAGCUGCUAAAAUGGUUGUGAAACUUUCAGAAAUAGUGACCUUAGCAAAGCAAGCUCAGGUGGAUGUUAAGUUUCAGUUGCCAAUCUGAUCUGAGUUGUCAUGGAAGUGUCUAAAGUGUUAUAGUCUCGAAAAUACUGUGUUCUGUGGUUUUUUUCCUCUUUUUUUUUUUUUUUUUUUUUUUCCGUGUGGAGGUUUUAAAUUGCUUGACAGGCGCACAAACUUUAAAGCACCUGGUUCUUAAUGUUAAUAUUAAAAAUGGUCAGAGUUCAUGUAAAAGUGUCUGUAUUGCUGAUAUGUAGACUUUUAGUUGCUGUCCCAACACUCCAGCUUCUGCUGCAGAAUGUCGCUUGCAAUAUUCAUUCAUUAUUGUCAAAAACAAAGUUUUUGUUGGAAAAUAGAUUCUUCUGAAUAAAAUCUGAAGUUACUUUAAUUGUAUAUUCCUAUUAGCUUCAGUAAAGAUAAAUACGAUGACUAGACUUUCUAGCACUCAUAAUGUGGAGGAAUGUAUUGAAAUGGUAUUUUUUUAUUGGAGACCUUUAAUCUGCAGUAUAAUGAAUGGAUUUGAGCACACCAAUUAUAAUGCAUAAAUAGUGUAUUUGAAUAAACCCAGCAACUUUCUAGAAGUGCAUGGCGGAUUUGACCAGUUAAAUAUCGGGACAAUGUAACAAUCACUACAAGAUAUACUGUAGCACUUAAGUCUUCAUGGUUUCUAGUGUUAUUAAAAAGCAUCAUGUAGCUUUGUAUAUCAACAAUAAAGCAUAUUUCCUAAAGUGUGGCAGACUUGACAUACAGAUAAUUAGAAUGUCAAUUGUAAGUUAAUAAAAUCUCUCCCAAGA